AUGAACCAUUUCGUGCUCGGUUUGUUGACUCUUUUCGUAGCACAGCAAGUUAGCUGCUAUGAACAUCACUGGGAAUCACCAUACUUCCGUCGAUUUGAAGACUCCAGGGAAGAGUGUUCGGAAUACUUGGCCCUGUCGGUGGUAGAUCGGGAACGGAUUCUACGGAACCAAUAUCCGGAUGAACCGAAAGUGCAUCAGCUGAUCCAUUGCGUGUUGACCGAUUUGCAGGCCGUGUUGGACCCAAGUGGACUAAACAGGGCUCAGAUGGCUGCCUUCUUCCAACCUCUUUCGACCGAUACCUGUUUCGAAAGCCGGACUGAAAAGUGUCUCGAAACUUCCCUAGCCAAUGUUGGAGAGAAGGACUUCCUGGCCCGGGCAUACAAAAUCUUCAUUUGCUACUACCGGAACUAUGGAACUUUGGUACAGGAGCACCGAUUUGUAAAUUAUUGCAACGACAGUAGCAGCUUAUAUGUCAAAGAAUCGCUUGUGUUCCAAAACGUAGCCCUCGAUGUUCUCCAGCAAUUCUGUCAGGGUAACAUUCUCAACGUUAGAGAAUUUCAGGAAGUCAUCUACACUUUCUUGUUGAGAACCGGAUUCUACGAUCUAAACGAAGGUUUGGCUUUCGAUCGUUUGCACAUUCAAUAUCACCGCAAAGAGCUGCUGGAAGCUGAAAUCCAACAAUGUCAAACCGAUGUAAAGAGACAAUUCUGCCAGGAGCCGGUUCGAGCUUACCAAAUUUUCAAACAGUGCUUGAACGAGUACGUCAAUGUACUGGAAAUAGUCCAAAAGGUUUCCAAAGCUCUAGUUGAAGCUGCCGGUGCUUCCUGUGGAUGUUCAGUGCCGGAAACAACGACACCUGCUCCCUGUUACACUUGUGGAGCCCCGACUCCCUGCAUUGUGUGCCCGAGGUUGCUGACCAUAUCUACGCCGCGAGAUUCCUGCAACAGUUGUGGAGCACCUGCUCCGUGUAACGUUUGUUACCAAAACUCAACCAUCUUGAGUGAUGCCACUGAACGACCCAAAACGCAGCCGUGCUACAAUGGGCAGUGUUAG